AUGAGGGCACCAAAAGAGCCUAAGAUCAAGCCGCCUAACAUCGAUGCCUAUGAUGGAACUACAAAUCCAGAUAUGCACCUUCUAGCUUAUAUGCAUCACAUGGGUAGUGCUAAGUGGUUCGAGAGGCUCCCUGCUGGAACCAUUAGCUCUUUCUCCGAGCUCGAGUUGUUGUUUUCCACCCGGUUCAUGGCUCACAAAGAGGAAAAGAAGACAAGCAUGCACCUGAGUCGGAUCCAACAAGGGAAAGAUGAGUUAUUGAGGAGUUAUGUAAAGAGAUUCAACUUAGAAGCAGGGCAGAUCCCAGAUUUUCCCGAUAGGGUCGCAUUCGACAAUUUUAUCAGGGAAUUUAAGAAGGGUUCUUUCAAUUUUGAUCUGGUAAAGAAAAGUGUGCGGACCAUGGUUGAGGUGUUAGAUGAGGCCGAGGCCUUCAUCCUUGCAACUAAAAUUUGCAGUGUUCAGAAAGAACCUCGGGGAAGUGACACUGCUGAACCAGCGGAAAAGAAAGAGAAGUUUGAGAAAAAGAGCCGGCCUAAUGGGACGUGGGCUAUUGCAAAAGAGCCGGACAGAGUGUCAGCAACGGCUGGGCAGAAGAGGCCCAGAACUUAUGACCAAGAACGUUUUGAAUAUAACACGGAUCUAUACACCAUCCUAAUGGACGUAGGUUCCAAAUUUGAGAUUGAUCGUCCGUUCCCCAUGAAAUCCCCGCCGGAAAGCAGGGACCCCACACUGUAUUGCCAUUUUCAUAAUGACAUUGGGCAUGACACCAAGGAAUGCAAGAGCCUAAAAAGAGCACUGGACGGCCUUGCCGCCAAGGGAUUUUUAAAGAACUACACAAGCAAAAAAUACUGGAGGUUCGGGAAAGCAGUUUUAUAA